AUCAAGCCAUAGUUUGAAAACAAACGGUGAAAAUUUGAAAUUCUUGAGCAACCUCUAUUGUCAUUAGGCAAUUGAAAGUCGUUAUUAUGUUUCUUUUGCAAUUAGAUUUAUACAUUUUCAAAUUUACCUCUACACCAACGUCACCGAAAGAAUUUCAAUUGCGCAUACUUUAACCAUCCAAGAAAAUAUUAUCGUAAAUAUUUCCCAUUGAUAAACAGAAGUAAAAAACGUAUACAUAAAUAUUUAUAAAAACUUUUAAUUUUCAGACCAGCCUAAUUAUUUAAUCAAAGAUAUCUUUUGCAUAUAUUGUAAACGUGAUGAAUGAACAACGAGAGAAUGAAUUCUGAAGAGUAAUCGUUUAAGGUAGGAACAUUUUUUAACCAUUUCGUAUGCAGGACUUAGUUUAUAUAACAUAAAUAUUUAAAAAAUGCGCUAUCUUGUGCCCAGGGCUUUUUAGCUGUUCACCACAGAACGGAACUUUAACUUCUGUACCGAUGUAAAUAACUUAGAAAACCCUGGGCACGAGGAUGGGAAAUCGAACGAAAAGGUUGAUUUUUUUACUUUUAAUUUUUAAGUUCGUUAAAUGUUUGAUAACUUUAUAAAUAAAGGCAAAUAUAUAUUUUAAGGUUUAUUUUACGAGAAAGUUGUAUAAGGUUAAAAGGCUGCGUAAAUACAAAUUAAACAACUCAACGUUCUUUUGUUGAGGGCGAAAAAAAAAGAGAGAUUCAACGUUGGGCUAAUUAUAUUGUUUUAUAAGGUAUAUACAAUUUUAAAGCAGAUUAUAAUAUAUUAUUUAAAAAAUUGAAAGGGAAGCUGAACAAAGUCACAGCAAAAUAUUUUUUUUUUCAGGCUUUCCGUUCUACACUUUUGAGUCAACAACAUCUUUCUUUGUUUUUCAAAUUUUCUCUUCUCUUUCUUUCUAAUAUAUAUUUUCUUCACCAAUUAAACUAAAACAGAAUCUCCGCCUCUUUUUAUGGUUUAUUUAUUUUUGUUUAUUUGGUAUAAAUCUUUUGUUAUGGAAGCUAAUGUGGUGGAAGUCGAAGAGAAGUGCCGUAAAGAAUCGACGUUUUAGCAGGAGAAGAUGGAUAAUAAAUAAUCAAGUCAUUAUGAGUUAUGAACUAUCGACGGAGGAGAUUGUUUACGCUGCGUUUCUUACGACACUCAUGGUCGUAAUCCUAUGUGGUAACAUACUAAUAUGUAUCGCUUUCAUAUGGCAUCAGCGAUUACGAACUGUUACGAAUCUAUUCGUAAUAUCUCUCGCAGCAAGCGAUAUCUUUGUUUCGAUCAUUCCCAUGCCAACAUGGCUUUAUUUUACAAUUGGGAAAAAAUGGCCAACUUGGUUUAGUCCAAACUGGUUUGUUUUUAUUGAUGUGCUCACUUGUGUAUCUUCCAUUGGAAAUCUGACGGCAAUUAGUAUUGACCGAUAUUUUGGUGUCGUAAUGCCGUUAAAACGAAACAUUUACAUGACGCAAACUCGCGCAAUGUUAGUCAUUGUUGUCGUAUGGGUGUGCAGUGUUGGUAUCGCAAGUGCGAAUCAAGUUUUAUCUUUAAAAGAUUAUACCUACUUUAUAAUGGUUGUCGGUAUAUUUUUACCGCUAUUGGUUAUAACAUAUGCCUACAUCAACAUAUUUGCAACCGUGCGAAACCGUCGAAUGCAGAUUUCUACAGCAACAAAUCGGGUUGGAAAUAACUUAGAUAAAGAGUGGAAACUAGCAAGAAUGAUUUUGGUUGUAAUAUUCGUAUUCAUCAUGUGCUGGUCGCCAUUUCUGACGUUAAAUCUUUAUUAUGAGAUUUCCGCCAACUCGCCGACACUUACCCUGAUUAACGCCAUUAAGUGGUUGCACUAUUUUAACAGCUGUUGUAAUCCGUUUAUUUAUGGAAUAUUUCACACUCAAUUUCGACGUGUUUUUAGGCAAAUAUUGUGCAGGGAAUCUCGCCAAGUAUCAAUUGUGACAACACUAGUCACCCUCUCUUUCCCUGUCCUUUCUAAGCGUACAACCAUGGUUGAUAUUAUACAAUCGACCUUUAAACUUAAACCUUGGGACACUACACACUUUACAAAACCACUUCCUCCAAAAAACCACACUCCUUUAUCACACACACUUACCAUCUGUGAAAGUAUGAUGAUAAUCUUGCCACUUAACUGCGUUAUUAAAAAACAGCACUCACCAGAUACAUUUAUACGCUCUAAAAUUGAUAAAAGACGCAAUCGAAAGUCAAAUUCGUUUAGUUAUCUACAUGGAGAUAUAAAAGAAAGCUCUUUAUACCUUCAUGUGUCUAGUAAAGCUAAACGUAAAAUAUUGUUCGACUUAAGAAGAUUUUUGAGUUAUGGAGAUUCGAGUAGUAGAGACGACAACAUGUCGCAGCGAGGACUGCACAAAAACGACAUCGUUUACGCCACCUUUCUUGGAAUAUUAAUGCUCUCCAUUAUGUGCGGAAAUGUGUUACUAUGUGUCGUUUUUGUUACGUUUCGACACUUUCGAACAGUUACGAAUUAUUUUAUAAUUUCGUUGGCAGUUAGCGAUAUCUUUGUUGCAAUUAUUCCAAUGCCAGCAUGGCUUUAUUUUACAAUUGGGAAAAAAUGGCCAACUUGGUUUAGUCCAAGCUGGUUUGUUUUUAUUGAUGUUUUAACUUGCGUUUCGUCUAUUGGAAAUUUGAUGGCGAUUAGUAUUGACCGCUAUUUCGGAGUUACGAUGCCACUGAAACGAAAUAUUUUAAUUACAAAGAAAAAAACCAUGAUGGUAACAGCAGCGGUAUGGAUAUUUAGCGUGCUUAUUGCCAGCGCUGAUAAAAUCAUGUCGUUUCUGGAAUACACGUAUUUUGUGAUGAUCGGCGGUAUAUGUGCACCCCUCCUAGUCAUUGCAGGCGCUUAUACGGGAAUAUUUUUAAAUCUAAAAAAGCGAAACGCUCGACGCAGUUUAGGGAGCAUACAUGGAGAAUGGAAGCUAACACGAACUAUAUUGAUUAUUAUUAUUUUGUUUACAAUUUGUUGGACGCCAUUUUUUAGCGUAAACAUGUGUCAAAUACAUAAUGUAUGCUCACCUACUAUAUCGAUGAUUAACGCUAUCAAGUGGUUGCACUACUUCAAUAGUUGUUGUAAUCCAAUAAUAUAUGGGAUAUUUAAUAAACAAUUCAGAAGAGGGUUUAAAUGCUUAGCACUGAAGUGGUUGGGAAGACCUACUUCAAAUAUAUCUACCUCGAGAAUGAUAUACGUAACCCGGACAAGCACUGUGUAA